GAGAGGCUGAUGCCGCGGAAAGCAUGCGGGAAAUGUCAGAAGGUGAAGGAAAAGGCUGACUUCAGCACGAAUGAGUUCGGCGCGAAGUCGGGCCUGAGCUUCUGCUGCGAGCGCACGGAGAUGUUGAAGGGGGCAGGGGAAAAGUGGUGCACGACUUGUGACCAAUGGGCCGAGAUGGUCUCCAGAGUGGCGGGGGUCGAGUCCGAAAGGGCCAGAGUGUUCGUGCGGACAAGCAAAUGCGACAGGUGCGCAGGGCCACCAGCCCGGAGGAAGUCGCGGAAAGAGUCUCAGGGGUGGCAGCAGAAUGUACGAGACAAAUUCAAGAUCCAUGGCGCUGAAUGCUGUGAAUUCGCGAAGACGGAGGCAGACAUUACGGCGAACCAGUACGCUACGAAGGGCGCAGGGGAGAAGCUCUGCAAGAA